GUAAGUAGAUGAAAAUGGAAGGACUGUCCCUUCAUCGUUACCAUUCUGAGCAAAUCCUUUCUCUUGUCUUCACAAUAUUCAUGUCAUGCCUCGCUCCUUCAUCUGCAGCUUGUCCAGGAAUCUUUGAAUGUGGGAAUCAAACCUUCGAAUAUCCCUUCGGACCAAAGAGCAGCGGCUGUGGUGACCCUGCUCUUCAGCUUGACUGUGAUCAUCAACUGAAUAUGACUUCAAUUAACAUCAGUGGCUAUCAAUACUAUCUGCUCGAACAUUCUGGCCACCGGAAAGAGGGUCAUGUCAAUCAUAUGAGAAUAGUUGAUAGAAAUAUGUGGGGAGAUGCUUGCAACCCGUCGACCAGUAACCGUACAAUGGAAUUCUGGUCUAGUCCUCAGUUUCGUAUUUCUGACAAAUACACAAAUACUAGUCUAUGGGGAGAGUGCGCAGAAGAAAUCAAAGACUACAUGCCCACUGAAGCAUAUGCUUUAGAAUGUAACAAGAGUUGGUAUUAUUCAGACUCGAAUUUGGGUACGUAUUGUAAAUCACUAGUGCAUCUCCCUGUUAAAAAUGUUGACAAAACUAAUCUACAAUCGCUUCAAAGGAUAAAGCAUGGGUUCAAAAUAAAAUGGAGUAUCAGCAAAGGUUGUGAGCAUUGCGAGUCAAACAAGGAGCUUUGCAUUUACGACACCAGUAAUUCGACAAAAUUGAGUUGCAAAUCGUGGAGCCCUGGUAAGAGUCGUAACUACCUGUCUAUUUAAUUGAGAGGUGAAGAAAAAGCGUCAAACUUUUAUGUGUAAGGAAAAACUACUAGUAACUAUCUCUGCCAUUGUUUAUAAUUGAGCCCAUGCAGGUGGGUCUGAGACUGCUAAUAAAACUGCUAUUGCUCUCGGUAAGCAUCCCUUCCUCUUUAAUCAUGUUCACAAUUUUUACUUCAAGGCUGAAUAUGCGUGGGAAAUGGCUCAGUUUGUUCUGUCUCUUACAGUUAUCUCCAUCAUUUGAUAGACUAUUCUUAAAUAUUGCCAAGUUUAGUAUUAGUAAAGAAUUUCGAUUGAUAUAACGUAAAUAAUGAAAGGUUAAAAUACUAUUAAUUACUUAACUUUUAAAAAGUGUGAAAUCUAAUUAGAAUGUUAAUACAGGUUGCUCCGUGGGAGGAGUCGCACUGAUGG